AUGAUUUGGGCUUUGCUUCCCGUCGAUCCUUCUUCAGUUUUCAAGAAGGGAACGUAUUAUGUGGGUAGAAAAGGGUGUGAUGUCAUCAUUCACAAAGACAAGGGCGUGUCCAGAAUCCAUGCUCACAUAAUGGUUGAUGAAAUGACUCAAUCAUCUCAAGUUACAAUCAAAGAUUUGUCUAAGUACGGGACAUUCAUUAACAAGAAUCUCACUUCUAACAAGAAAGUUCAUCAAUUUCCUAAUAAACAGACCUCUUUAGAAGAUGGGGACCUUCUUUCUUUUGGAACUGGAAAUGCAACCUUAAGAUUCUCUUAUGCACCGCUAGUAUUCUACAUCUGCUGUGCUGAGGCCUCCCAGAUGAGUCAUUAUCUUCAAGACAAAGUUUCAUCCAUUGGUGCUCGUCUUAUUCAUGCCUACAAUGAAGAUUGUACUCAUGUGAUUGUUGAUCAACACAUGCCCCUGCAAAGGGAUCUACUUGAUGCAAUUGUGGCUAAGAAACCGCUUUUACAUACUAGUUGGCUUGAGCUUGUAGCUGACAAAAGUAUCCACACUGAGUUUCCUGACUGCCUAUCCCAUGUUCCAAAAAUAAUGGUUGAUGGAGUAUUUGUUGAAGUUGCAGACCCAAAAACGCGAGAAAACUGUUUGGGAGGAUACACCUUUCUGUUAGAAUCUUCACAUGUGUACAAUUUUGGGGAUAGAUUGCAGUCGCUACUAGAAGUGAGUGGCUCAAGGGUUAUCUGGGUUAAAGACAUUUGUUCAAAUAAUCAGGCUUUUGAGCGUGGAGAAAAUACUUGUUGUACGUAUGUUGUCCCUGGAAGAUCAGCAGACAAGUUUGAUCGGUUAGAUAAACUUGGUUUGUCAUAUAGAGUGGAUGAGAUGGCAUUAAUCCGUGCUCUUUUAUCUGGAAAAUUGGAUCACUCUAUAUUGAUAUCGUCAUCAGUUCCUGUUUCUUCUUGCUCCACAGAUGAAACUGUAGUAGCUGAUUUAGAAGAGGAAAAUGAGACAGCUACUACAGAAGAGGAAAAUGAAACAGCUACAUCAGUUAAUGCAAAUGAUACUUUUCAAAAGGAAGGAGCUCAUACUUAUGUGAACAGAGGAUUUUCCAUGGAAUCCCCUAGCUAUGUGAGCACAGCAGAAGUUUCUAUAUGUCACGAAACUAGUAAAUUGGAGGGUGGCAUAGUAACCUCCAAAGAUGAUAAUUGUUGUUUGACAGCAAAAAGAUAUAAGGCCGACGAGGCUGAAUAUGGAAGUUCUAAAAUUUUUUAUAGCCAAGUUUUGAAAGUUAGAGAUGUAAAUGUAAGCUCAAAAAGUAGCUUUAAAGCUGACAAUGGAGUUAAAAACUACAAGCGCUUUCGCAAGGCAAGCAUUCAGUCAGGAAAUAGCUUCAGCAAUCUUGUUCCAUUUUCAAAAUAUCCUUACAAAGAUUAUGAAUUUGGAAGUGGGGAGUUGGCUGAGUCUGUUAAGGAGGAGAAAAGGAGAAAGAAAAUGGACGCCAUUGCCGAUGACAUGUUUAAUGAAAAGGGGGGAAGACAACGUGGUUUAUCAGGUUCUGUUCGUCGUGGAGGACUUCAUAUGCGGGGUUGACAAAGGUGUAUUUAG